CCCAUCACCACCUGUCCGGCCCCUCCUCACCCUCACAUCGCGCCCUCACAUACCCAUACCGCCCAUACCCGCCUAAUUCGCUUCCGCUCCGCUAAUAUCCGCCAUGAGCACGCGCAUCGUGCCCGACAUGUCCUCGUCGCCCGCGCUCGCGCGCUACCGCGCCGGCCCGGCGCCCUUCGCCCUCGUCACCGGCGCGACGGCGGGCAUGGGCGAGGCGUGGGCGCACGCGCUCGCCGCCCACGGCUUCAACCUGCUGCUGCACGGGCGCUCGCCGGCGAAGCUGGCUGCUGUGCGUGACGCCGUGCUGGCCAGCUUCCCGACGCGCGACGUGCGCCUGUGCGUGCUCGACGCCUGCGCACUGCCGCCGGACGCGCGCGAGCUCGAGGGCGGCGUGGCGCCGCUGAACCUGCGCAUCGUCGUCAACAACGUCGGCGGCAGCGGCGGGCACUUUGAGAGCGUGCUCGAGAUGCCGAGCCAGCAGCUCGUCGACGAGAUCACCUGCAACGCCGUGUUCCCGACGCUCGUCGCCAAGGUGACGCUGCCGAAGCUGCGCACCGGCGGGCCGGGCCUGAUGCUGAACAUCAGCUCCAUCGGCGGCAUCUGGCCGAGUCCGUACAUCUCGGUGUACUCGGCCAGCAAGGCCUUCAACCGCCUCUUCUCCAUGUCGCUGCACGGCGAGGAGCUUGCCGAGGGCACCGAUGUCGAUGUCGUGUGCCUGGCGCCGGGCGCAGUGGUGAAUGGGCGCGCGAUGCAGGGCGACGGCAGUGCCAUGACGCCGCUCUCCUCCACCUGGGUCGUCAACGCCAUCGCCGCCAUCUCGCCGCGCCCGUGGCGCCAACGCCCCAAGCCGUUCAUCGUGCCGCACCCGGCGCACCGCUACUCGGUGGCGUUCCUGCGCCUGCUGCCCAACACGCUCGCAAACUCCAUCUUCCGCUCGCAGAUGGUCGCGCUGCGCGACGAGAGCCGCGGCGUGGGCAAGGCGAGCCGCAUGUCCGGCGGCGGCAACAAGAGCCGCACGCCCACCGCACUUGGUCCCAAGGCGACGCAGGCCGAGCAGCAGCAGGUAUCGACAGCAGCGCCGGCUCCGGCACUGCAGAAUGGCCCGCCCGCUGGAGCAGCCGGUACGCAGGACACCGCUGCCGCACCCGUGCAGCCCCGCGCGGCGACGAAUGAGGUCAUGGCCGGCUAAAGGCAUUCGUACUUCUCCCGGCUUCCUGCAACCCCGCUCUGGCGAGCAACCGCGCUCCCGAUUUACCUCCUCGGCCAUCGCACUUGGUCACCGCGCUCCUCAGUUACCCCUCCGGCCCUCGCACUCGGCCACCGCGCUCAUAAGCCGCAGCACUUCUCAGUCUCGCGCUUUCCCCCC